AACUUUGUUUUCCCAACGCUGUCCCAGUUUGAAUUAAAACUUUGAACUUUUAGUAAAUAGCCUUUUUGUUUUUUGGUCUGUUUGGAGUUGUGACACAGAGGUUUCUGAAGGAGGAGAGCUAGAUUUCUGGAAAUUUGGGUUCCAGAGGAAGGGGGGCUGGGCCUCCAUAAUUCAGCCUCUAUUUAGGACUUGACUCGACGGCCUUAGGGGACUUUGGAGGUGGAAGGAGGUCCAGAGUGGCAGACAGAGCAAGAGACUAGCUGACGAAGAAUGGCCACGGGAACGCGCUACGCCGGGAAGGUGGUCAUAGUGACAGGGGGCGGCCGCGGCAUCGGCGCAGGGAUCGUGCGUGCCUUCGUGGAAAGCGGGUCCCAAGUGGUCAUUUGUGACAAGGAUGAGUGUGGGGGCCGGGCCCUAGAGCAGGAGCUUCCUGGCACUGUUUUCCUCCGCUGUGAUGUGACACAGGAGGAAGACACAGAGGCCUUGAUCUCCGAGACCAUCUGCCGUUUUGGCCGCCUGGAUUGUGUGGUCAACAAUGCUGGCUACCACCCACCCCCACAGUGGCCACAAGAGACUUCUGCCCUGGGCUUCCGACAGUUGCUGGAGGUGAACCUGCUGGGGACAUACACCUUGACCAAGCUUGCCCUCCCUCACCUGCGGAGGAGCCGAGGGAACAUCAUCAACAUCUCCAGCUUGGUUGGAGCAAUUGGCCAGCUCCAGGCAGUUCCCUACGUGGCCACCAAGGGGGCAGUCACAGCCAUGACCAAGGCCUUGGCCCUGGAUGAGAGUCAAUAUGGAGUCCGUGUUAACUGUAUCUCCCCAGGAAACAUUUGGACCCCACUGUGGAAGGAAUUUGCAGCCUCAACUCCAGACCCGAAGGCCACAAUCCAAGAGGGCACGUUGGCCCAGCCCCUGGGCCGCAUGGGUCAGCCAGCUGAGGUGGGGGCAGCUGCUGUGUUCCUGGCCUCCGAGGCCAACUUCUGCACGGGCAUAGAGCUGUUUGUAACUGGGGGUGCAGAGCUGGGCUACGGGCGCAAGGCCAGUCCAGGGACCUCCGUGGAGGCACCCGCUGACCCCUCCUGAUCUCCCUGUUCCCAACUUGGACAUCCUUGCCUAGGACCCUCCCACCCCGCACUCAGACCACCAGAUCCCCACCUCCUAUCAUCACCUGUCUCUCAAGUGCAGCCCCAGACCAUCCCCAGGUCCCCAUAAAAACCACCUGCAGCCAGAA